CCAGGCUGGGCGCACACACAGCGGCAGUGUCAUCAGCGGUAGAUCCAUACGGGACACUGAGGACAGACGGGCAUGGUGUGUCAGUUUCUGGCGAAGGCUUUGCUGCUGUCUUUGCGGAAAUAAGAGAGGAAAAUAUACCGUGAGCUGAAUUUCAGACGCUGUAGAUGCAGAAGAGGACCGCGUUUCUGUCCAGAGAGAUUAGCUGUAUUAUCUUAUCGUCAUAUGAAGGGUACUUGGUGCCAUCAUUUUGGAAUCUAAACAGUUCUUUGGAUAUCUGUUGGACAGUUGGCUCAAUCCUUCCAAAUUCACCUGCCUUUCCCCAUGAGAAAAGAUGGGGAAUGGAUUUUCGGAACAACCUAGCUGCCUCUCAAACAUCCCGUUCUUCCAGUCUUUCCACAUUGCCAUCCUUGGACUAGACUCUGCUGGAAAGACCACUGUCUUGUAUAGACUGCAGUUCAAUGAGUUUGUGAACACUGUUCCCACCAAAGGUUUCAAUGCAGAGAAAGUCAGAGUGCCACUGGGAGGCCACAAGACUGUGACUUUCCACUUCUGGGACGUGGGUGGUCAGGAGAAGCUGCGCCCCCUGUGGAAGUCAUACACGAGAUGCACAGAUGGCAUCAUAUUCGUGGUGGACUCUGUGGAUGCAGAGCGCAUGGAGGAGGCCAAAACAGAGCUCCAUAAAAUCGCCAAGAGCUCUGAGAACCAGGGAGUUCCCCUCCUCGUGGUCGCCAACAAGCAGGACUUGAGGCACUCUCUAGGAUUGGCUGAAAUUGAGAAACUGCUGGCUUUGAAAGAACUGGGCCCUGCUACACCCUGGCAUCUGCAGCCAGCCUGUGCCAUCAUAGGAGAAGGACUCAGGGAUGGCCUGGACAAACUCCACGAGAUGAUACUGAAAAGGAGGAAAAUGCUUCGGCAGCAAAGAAAAAAGAGAUAAACUUUUCAUGAGAUAGACGUUCCUGUUGUUUCGUAUGAAGGAAACCUAAAAAAAGGAAUUUGUCCUGUUAAGCUUCAGGUUCAAAUUCAGUAUGCUGAGUUUUAUCAGUCAAAACUGAGCUUUAGGAUUCCCGGUCUAUGUUUAUGGUCUUAUGUUUAUGCUGUUGAUCAAGAAAUGCACAUAAAGGAAUGCAGUAUGGAGAUGAGAAAGUUUCAGAUAUGUGUGGAUAUGUUAUAAAGAGUUUAUAUGGAUUGCAAAGUAUUGAGGGUUUGGGGUCUGGAAGGGCGAUAGAAGUUGUUUUAAGGAUGUCUGUUCCAAACAAUAUAACCAAAAAUAAUUUAAGAAAAGACUUGGACUAGAUGAAGGGUUAUUUGGUGAACGGCUGAACAAUGAUUUAUUUUACUAUUUCAUGUGUUGUUCUGACUUGUUUUGUUGCUUUGAUUUUGUUUUGUUUUUUUACACUGGACUUUGUGGAAGAAAAGUAUUAUGUUUUUAUUGCAUUAUUAUUAUUAUGCGUGUGCUUGCUGUCUUAUAUCGCUCUUUUUUUCAAAGCACUUUAGGUUAUCACUUCAUAUGGAGUUUUUAAAAAGAUAAAGUUAUGUCAGAUUUUACAGAAACAUGUACAGCAAAUGCUACUGAACAGUAGUUGGUCCACAUUGGCCUCAUUGUCUUUAGACUGGUUAUGCAAUAUGUUUUAUUGAAUAAAACAUGUAGA